ACUUUUAAAACUCACCUUUACUUAUUCAAUGAAUAUUACAUUAUUUUGAAUAUUGAAAUUAAAACUUCAAAUAUUAGAAACUUUUAACAUUAUGGGCAUUUUGUAUGGAUUCGUCUUUCGGUAAGACAGUCUCAUACAAAAAGGGUUAGAAUUUUAAAUAUAUCUCACCAUUACACGUUCAAGAUUGAAGGCCCAAAAAGUAAAGGAGUAACAUUUUGUAGAAAAGGCCCAAAACAUUGUAGGAGACAAUGUGGGCAUGUGGCAUAAAACAUCAUCAAAUCAAUCUCAAGUCUCAACCCUUUACACACAAAACGGCUAUUAAAAAUUUCCACCUUAUCCAACGGCUCAAAUUCCGCCGAUUAUUCAUCGUCCCUUUUUGACCCUUAAAAACGACACCAAUCACGAUCAAAAUCUCAAUCAGAACGUUAGAAAAAAAAAAUUAUUGAUUAAAAACACACCAUAACCCAAAAAUACUAUACUUUCUUCUUCCUCCAUAUAUUCGACCGUUGGAAAUUCAAAUAUAUUCUUAAAACCACCCAAAAAACAGAGCAAGAAAUAAAAAUCCUCAAUUUGCGCAACAAUGGCAGAAAAUAUUGGAUCUAUUCAUUCAAUUAUUGAUCCAAAUUCACCAAUUCUCUUUAAUUACUCUGAUUUUGCAAUUGAUCCGUUCAAAUCAAGCCCAAAAACCCCUGAAUUAAUGGCUGAUCUGUUCUCCAUAGAAAGAGGACCACGAUACAACGCAUAUGCCCGACUCAGAGAAUCAAAGCUUCAAUCUAAACGACUCAAACUUGAUGAAGAUGAGAAACUUCUAGAAGCACCCAGAUCAGAAUUUUCCCCAGCAAAAAAGAGUGUAAGAUUUCAAGGGAUUCCUCAGAGUAACUGUAAAAAACAGGGGUACUCUGUUUUGGCACAAUCUGUCCCUGAUUUUUCUUCAGCUGUGAAGAAAGAGAAUAGGAAACCAAGUGAGAAUCGGAUUCCAAGGUAUGAGAAGAGUGUAACACCGCCACCAUCGAUGUCGAAAAGAGAGAAAAUGUAUGGAAAAGAAGCAAAAGUGGGAGGUUUUGGAAGUAAAUCUGUGAAUUCUGGGGAAAAACAGAGUAAUGGGAAGUUGAUGAUGGGAAGGAAAAGUUAUGCUAGUUUUGAAGAAUUAAAGGGUUUAUCCAUUGCAGCUUCUAAUGCCAUUAACGGUGGAAGAAAGGGUGGAAAUUUGCUGAGGAAGAGUACUGUGUUAAGUACUAGAUAUUAUUGAAAAAGAAUCAUGAUCAUGUAGUUGAUCAAUUUUUUAAAAGUUUGAUUGAGAUCAUGUGAUCCAGAUGGGAGUCGGUGAAUGGCGUUGGCAUAAUGAGAUCUGGAUGGGAGAUCAAUUUUAGUACUUGGGUUUCUCCAAUUGGAUCGAAGUAGCUUAUGCGAUUUUGAAUUAUGUGGUCUGAAUGAGAGUCAAAUUGAUAGUGUUGGAAUAAUGAGAUGUGGAUGGUAGUUGCUUAGUUAGCACUACGAUUAUGUGAUGUGAAUUGGAGUCCGGUUUAUAGCGUUUAGGAUGAUGAGAUAUUGUUUGAUUGAAAUUCUUUUUUGCCGGAAAUUGCCACUUUUCUUUUAAAUUCAUAUAAGUAUGAUGUAAGAUUGUAAGGGAUAAGUAGAGGCAAAUUCAUGUGUAUAUAUAAGUGUGAUUUUCAUUUUAUCAUUAGAACUUUAAAUGAAUUACAAUGUUUCUUUUAAAUUCCUACAUGUUUAUUUUGUGCCAAAGUUUUAAAUUCCUAUUGUUGAAUUUUGUAUAUGUUUGGA